AACACUGGUCGACGCUGGGAAGAAGAAGAAAACGACAAUUUGCCACAGUCACAAUUUAAUUUCUUUAGUUUUUUGGGUUUUUAUUAAAAUUAAGUGCACGCACCGAAUCAAAACGGCGAUCAGUGGCAGCCAAACUAAGUUUCCAAUCGGCGAAUAAUAGUCAAUUAAGGGUUUGCUGAUGCACCCGAACUUUUACCAGUGCAACAUCCACACUAAACAAAAAUUUUCAGUUCUUCGCCAGAUGUUCAUACGUCGCCGUCAACCGAAACCGAAUUUCCACUCGUAACCGAUUCUUCCAGGCGAACUGAACGAUACUGCACCACCAUGGACGUGUCCGCCUCCACGUCGUUUGAAUCUUCGCCGGACAAAAGGAGCACCACCUAUGAGGGCGACAACACGCUGUAUGACAGUGCUUUGGAUCACCAGCUGUCCACCACGGCCUACAAAUCCUGCAAUGAGAGCCUUAUCAACGAACUGAGCCAAAAUCCAUUGGGCCCCUUGAAUUCCGGCAAUAAAACAGUCAAUGCGGAAUUUGGCAAUGAGUCGGCUGUCUUUAAGUCGUUCGGAUCCCCGUCACCGGCCGCUUUCAACAGUCCCACACCAGCUCUCAAUGCCAGCAUGCUGCUGAUUCAGUCCGAGAGCACUGACACUAACACGUCGCAGGAGGAGGUGGAUCCCAAGUCACAGCUGGCCAAUAAGACAAUAUUCAAGACGGAUAAUCCCAACCUGUCAAUUAUAGAGAUUAACGAUAACUCGAUUAAGGAGGAGGACCUCGAAAAGGAGGUGGUGCUGGUGGAAGGCGACAACGUGAAGAAUCUGCACAAGAAGUCGCCCAGCAAAGAUGCUUGUGCGUCUGCAAACGCAGACAAGCGUCGUCGCAAGGAAUCGCUGCUGCAGACGAGCAAGCAGAAGCUGGACAUCUCAAUUGCAGAGGCUUCGGCAGCAGCAGAUGGCGAUGGCGAAAAGCGGGAUCUGGUGCCGGUCAUCGAUCAGCCGCAGACCAAGCGCGAUAUCACAAUCUACGACACCAUUGAGGAGUUCGAACAGAAUCUGCCGUCUACGGUGACGCUGUUAAACACGCCUUUCGGCAGCAAAGUCUAUCUCGUGGGCACGGCCCACUUCAGCGAGGAGUCGCAGGACGACGUCUCAUUUGUCAUACGCAAUGUCCGUCCAGAUGUGGUCAUGGUUGAGCUGUGUCCAUCGCGUAUUCACAUCCUGAAGCUCGAUGAAAAGACGCUGUUGGAAGAGGCCAAGAGCAUUAAUAUUCCCAAGAUCCGCGGAAUCCUGCACACUCAUGGCUACAUCAACGGCAUCUUCUUCAUCCUGUUGCUGCAGAUGAGCGCCCAGAUCGCCAAGGACCUGGGGAUGGCGCCGGGCGGAGAGUUCCGGCGUGCCUUUGAGGAGAUCCACAAGCUGCCCGGCUGUAUUCUGCACCUUGGCGAUCGACCGAUUCGCAUAACACUGUACCGGGCAUUGCGUGCCCUGUCGCUGUGGCAAACCAUGAAGCUGGUCUGGCGAUUGACUUUCACGGACAGCAUUAGCAUCGAGGAGGUGGAGGAGUGCAAGCAGAGCGAUCUGCUGGAAAAGUUAAUGCAGGAAAUGGCCGGCGAGUUUCCCGCUUUCUCGGAUGUUUUUGUUCGCGAGCGCGACAUUUACCUGUGCCACUCGCUGCAACUGGCUGCACUGCCUCAAGCGGCACCGGGUGCCCAGCAGAUCCGUCCGAUGCGCGUGGUCGGAGUGGUAGGCAUAGGGCAUGCCAACGGCAUUGCCAAGAUGUGGGGGACUGUGGACCCCAAGAAGAUUCCCGCUAUUCUCGAAAUUCCUCCGGCCAGUAUCGGCCAACGCGUCUGUACAUACACGCUGAAGUAUGGCCUGAUUGGCCUGGGAUGCUACGGUGCCUUCCGCUUCUUCCGGCCCCGCCUGACCCGCUUCUUUUAGAUGGACUGUGGACCAAAUAUGAGGCGACUUUACACCCUGCGUCUGCUACGUUGUUGAAUUUGUUUUAGUGACUUAAGAAUCCCUGCGCUGAUUUUCACACAUUUUAACGUACGCAGAUGAACCGAAUUAGUUGUAUUGUAUUUUAUUGUAGAAUGAUGUUUUGAUAGACUCGUUUAUAUACGAAAUAUAUCCGUGGAUGUAUAUAUCUGCAUACGCAGAUACUAACGAAAACAAACAGAAGAGACCAUUACACAUAAUCCUAGUUUUAAAAGUCCCGAGAUCAAAGAAAUCUGUUGGGCAUGUUUCGACUAUAAAUUUAAAAAACUUUGAACUUUAGAUUUCUAUUCAGUGAUGUUAACCGUCGUUUGAUAAUCAUUAUUUUUGGAUAAAUUAUAUUAUUAACUCGUUUACAAUUUUUCGUUUACCAGACAAGAAUCACUAACAAUUCGAACUCGCUUUGAUCUGAUCACAUUGUUAUUGUCCACCUGAUUGUUAACUCAAAAGAACCACGUGUAUAUGAAACUAAGUUUUGGAUAGUUAAGGCAUCGUAUUCCAUAUAGUAUGUACAAGGUUUCCUAGCAGGCUUGUGUUAAGCUCGAGAAUGCAAUGUAAAUUUGAAGAAGAAUACUACAUAUAGAACCCGCCUCUGCAUUUGCAUUACUUUAUCUUCCAUUCUUACUCAUAGAUGUUGUUCAUUCCGUAGCAAAAAUCUAAAAGUUAGCUAGUACUGUUCAAAAUUGAGGGAAUACGUGAUGGACCUUCCAAUGGCCGUGUGUUAUAAAUGUAUAACUAAUGCUAAAUGAUAAACAAAGAGGAAUUUUACAAAACGAAAACCGAAACAUACCAACCUACAUGUACUUUAUUAUCUAUACUAUAUCUGAGCGUUGUAAACGUAAAUAAUGUUUUAGAAAUACGAUUACCAAGCGAACUAUAAGCAGUCUGUAUGUAUCUUGGCGCAUGAUUAUUAGCUGCGUAGACUUGCUAUUCCGUAAAUGGUGUUAUGUAGCAUUUAGAAUAGAACCUACCACCCGAAGCAAACGAGCCUUUGUUUGUAACCGACUCAAAUAAAUGUACUAUAUGUAUUCCAGUCGAUAAAAUACGUGUCAAUUCCUUUCAAAUACAGAUGUUUUUCGCUUU